AUGCCAUCCGACGUGAAUGAACGCGUCGCCCUUGUCGGACUUGGAGCCAUCGGCAUCUCCUUCGCGGCUCUCUACCUUAGACAUACGAAGAGCAAUGUCAGAGUCUUUGACACCAGGCCCGACCUCGAACAGCAUCUCUCAACGGUGCUGCCGGGUUACAUCGACUCGGGAGAUGCGUCGCUGGACAUAUCCCGCCUGCGCGAGUCUGGCCGCCUCGUGAUCUGCUCCACACUCGAAGAGGCGUGCGGCGGCGCCACCAUUGUCCAGGAACAAGGGCCCGAGAACCCAGACUUUAAACGUUCCGUUUGGCCAACGAUUGAAAGCUUCGCACCUGCCAGUGCACACUUUUGGAGCUCGACCUCUGGCAUCGCAGCGUCUUCUCAGAACCGAGACAUGGUCGACAAGACUCGUCUUUUGGUGGUCCACCCGUUCAAUCCGCCACAUAUUAUGCCGCUGAUCGAAAUUGUUCCGUCACCGACGACAAACCAGGACAAAGUCGAGUUUGCCAAGAGCUUCUUCGCAGGGUUGGGUUCCGGCCACCGGCCCGUGGUCAUUAGAAAGGAGGUACCCGGUUUCGUGGGGAACCGAUUGGCGUUUUCGCUGCUCAGGGAAGCGUGUUCUCUGGUAGACCAGGGCGUCGUCAGCACGGAAGACGUAGACACCAUCAUGGAAGCGAGCCUUGGGCCUAGGUGGGCUGUCCAGGGCAUCUUCAAGUCAUACAACAUGGGCGGUGGGGUAGCUGGGAUCCAAGCUUUCUUGAAUAAUCUUUCUGGGACCAUUCAAGAGGUAUGGGAUAGUUCAGAGCCUGUGAGUUUCCAGACCAAGGCAAAGAAUGAACCGGAGAGCACAGAAAAGAGAGACGACCCGGCAUGGGACGCGAAGGUUGUACAACAAACAGUGGAGGCCUAUGGGUUGCCUAACCCGGAGCAAUUUCAGCAGCGAGACAUAGCUCUGAGAAAGGUUUUGGGGACCCAACGGGAAGCGGAAAUUAUGAAGUAG